AUGCCCGGCUUCGACUUCAGCAACUACAACCGGAAUGCGGCUCUUCACGCACGGGGAGUACCAUUACCAAAGGCUACCAGUACCGGUACAACGAUUGUGGGAUGCAUAUUUGACAAUGGCGUUGUGAUUGCAGCAGACACCAGAGCGACGAGCGGCCCCAUAGUAGCCGAUAAGAAUUGUGAAAAACUACAUUAUAUCUCCCCCAACAUCUGGUGUGCCGGCGCCGGUACCGCUGCCGACACCGAGUUCACCACCGCCCUCAUUUCUUCCAACCUCGAGCUUCAUUCCCUGUCAACCGGUCGGGUACCUCGCGUGGUGACCGUUAUGACUAUGCUGAAGCAACAUUUGUUCCGAUACCAAGGGCACAUUGGGGCUUACUUAGUCGUGGCUGGUGUGGACCCUACAGGUGUCGGAUUGUUCACUGUCCACGCGCACGGUUCGACGGAUAAACUCCCCUACGUGACGAUGGGCUCUGGAUCUCUGGCGGCCAUGGCUGUCUUCGAAUCAAGUUGGAAGAGAGACUGUACAAGAGAGGAGGCGAUCAAGCUCUGUUCAGAAGCCAUCCUGGCAGGUAUUUUCAACGAUUUGGGCUCCGGCAGCAACGUCGACGUUUGUGUGAUCGAGAAGGACAAGCCUUCGCAACUACUCCGCAACUACAUCAAGCCGAACGAACGGGCCAAGAAGGAACGCAAUUACAAGUUUGCCCGGGGCACGACUGCGGUGCUGAACGAGAAGGUGAUUACCAAGGAGGAGAUUGGUCGAUAUGUCACUGUACACGAAAUCGGCAAUGGGAGCGACUCGGAUAGUUUGGUCGUGGUGGAGAAGAUGGACGUUGAUGAUGUGUAG